AUGAUCCUGGCUUCCCAGUUGGUUUUCUUCACCUGCAUCUGGAUCACACUGAUGCCAAAUGCUUCUGUUGUUGCUGAAAUCAAGACGCCCCACCCACGCUGCUCCUCUUCAAUGGAACAGACUCGCAAACAAGAAACUAGAAUGAGGAAAGAAGACAAUACCAAGGUGUGGCCCCUGAAAUACAAGCAAAUCCUCCACAUAGAGGACCAUGACUUUGCAAUGAGACCUGGAUUUGGAGGGUCUCCAGUGCCAGUGGGUAUAGAUAUCCAGGUUGAAAGUAUUGACAGCAUUUCAGAGGUUGACAUGGACUUUACAAUGACUUUUUAUCUCAGACAUUACUGGAAAGAUGAAAGGCUCGCCUUUCCCAGCAAGACCAACAAAAGUAUGACUUUUGAUCAUAGAUUAAUCGAAAAGAUUUGGGUGCCUGAUAUCUUCUUUGUCCAUUCUAAGAGAUCCUUCAUCCAUGACACGACUGUGGAGAACAUCAUGCUGCGUGUCCACCCCGAUGGAAACGUCCUCUUCAGUGUCAGGAUAACUGUUUCAGCAAUGUGCUUUAUGGAUUUCAGCAGGUUUCCUCUUGACACUCAAAAUUGUUCCCUUGAACUGGAAAGCUAUGCUUACAAUGAGGAGGAUCUAAUGCUGUAUUGGAAACAUGGAAACAAGUCCCUAAACACCGAUGAGCAUAUUUCCCUGUCUCAGUUUUUCAUUGAGGAAUUCAGUGCAACCAGUGGAUUUGCUUUCUAUAGCAGCACAGGUUGGUAUAAUAGGCUUUUCAUCAACUUUGUGCUAAGGAGGCAUAUUUUCUUCUUUGUCCUGCAAACCUAUUUCCCAGCCAUGUUGAUGGUAAUGCUUUCCUGGGUUUCAUUUUGGAUCGACCGAAGAGCUGUCCCCGCAAGAGUUUCCUUGGGAAUCACCACGGUGCUGACCAUGUCCACGAUCCUCUCUGGGGUGAGUGCCUCCAUGCCCCAGGUGUCCUACGUCAAGGCUGUGGACGUGUACCUGUGGGUCAGCUCCCUCUUUGUCUUCCUGUCGGUCAUUGAGUACGCAGCCGUGAACUACCUCACCACCGUGGAAGAGCGGAGACGAUUCAAGAAGACCGGGAAGAUUUCUAGAAUGUACAGUAUUGAGGCAACUCAAGCCAUGGCCUUCGAUGGUUGUUACCGUGACAGUAAGAUUGACAUGGACCAGACUUCCUUUUCUCUACACUCAGAAGAGGACGCCUUGCAAGCAAGAUGCAUAAGCAACCGCAGUGCAGAUUCACCUCGGAUAAAGAGGAGAAAAUCCUUAGGAGGGCAGGUUGGUAGAAUCAUUCUGGAGAACAACCAUGUCAUUGACACCUAUUCAAGGAUUUUAUUUCCCACUGUGUACAUUACGUUUAAUUUGUUCUACUGGAGUAUUUAUGUUUGAAGAGGAAAUCCCAAUUGAUAAAAUGUGUUUGGAGUCAGAUUAUGUUAAAAACAACAACAACAACAAAAACCACCAACUCUUAACUAUAAAGUUGGAUGGUGCCAGAUUAAACUGGAGUCAGCCAAUCACCUGUCCUGUCCUAAAGAAAAUGUGAAAGUUGACUGAUUUACAUCAAGGAAAGAGUUUAAGGUCUUAGGAGAAUUUGGCUCUAUCAGUAAGGGUCACAGGCAUGCAUAGGAUGGAAAACCAAUUUCCAUAGGGAAGGGCUUUGUACCUACUUUAUCUGGAGUCUCCUUGCUUUCUAAAUGUAAAUUAUCUGCAUUUGAGUGAAAAAUUAAGCUGGACUAUGCCCAUGGUGGCUCAGAUGGUAAAGCGUCUUCCUACAAUGCGGG